AUGAAAAACAAAAAAUUAUUUUUGUUAUUUUAUUUUAUUUUACAAUUGAAGUUUGUAUUAUUAGUCAAAGAAAAUUCUAAAAAUACAUCUGAACCUUCUGUAAACAAAGUGGAAAAUCAAACAAAUUCUGGAAAUGCACAGGAACUAAAUCUUGACCUUAGUCUUGCUCCUCCAACUGUUGGGCCGCAAAGAGACGAAACAAGUAAAAAUAUACAAGGAAUAGAUUUGAAUGAACCAGCUAAAGCUGAUCGUAAACAUCAAGACUCUGGUAAAGGAAAAGCAAAGGCGGAAGAAAAUGAACAAGUAGCACAAAUUGAUCUGAAGAAAAAACAAGUUUUGGAGAUUAAGGGAGCUGCUGGUCCAAGUACCUUACCUGGGGGUUUAGGUUCGAGUGCUUUGGGUGGUACAAGCUCACAUAUUCAACGACCACAACAACCGAGUUUAUUUAAGAGUUUUAUACAAGAAUUUAGAAAUUCAAAUAAUCAACAACAACGACCACGUUCUCCUCAAUUUCAAACUUACCGACCUUACUUUGGGCAAACUAAUCCCUUGGUUAAUCCUAAUCCAAGUGCAUUGCCACUAGCACUAUACGAAUUACAACAUCAACAACGAAGACAAAAUGAAAUUGCGCAAGUAAUUAGAAAUGAACCAAUUACGUCACAAGUUCAUUCACUAAAUACUGUUGAAAGUUCAAACAUUCGUCCACAGAUAAAUCGUAAUCCAACAAUUCCAGUGACUUCUGCCUUCAAUACAGCCAACAUAAAUCCUCUACCUCAAUUACCUUUUAAUCAACCGUCUCCAUAUUCAAUUCGCAAUCCACACUUGGCUGAAAGUAAGCGCCAGCUUCUGAAUAAUCUUCUUGGCCCUGGAUUAAACACACUUGCCUCAAAUAUUCAACAACAACAGCCACCACCUCGUCGACCUCGAUUAUCUGAACAAGUUCGUGGACAAAUCCAGCCACAACAUUUCCUGCCACAAGAAUUCCUACGACAACAAUACCGAACAGGACAAUUCCAACCACAACCCCCACAACAAUCAUCACAGGGUUCAAAUAGCACUCCAAGAAAUGGUACAAGUGAAAAUAGUUCAAAUAAUGGUAAUGGAGACAAUGGUAAGUAA